AAAAAAUAGCGGGUUUUUUUCCUGAUAAAUAAAUAAACCAAAUAUACAUUUAAUUUAAUAGUUAUAGUAAAAUAAUUUGCGUCUCAAAGAAAAUCAAUAGUAACAAAUUCUUUGAAAUAAAUUACUAUAUUAAAUAAUCAGAAAAAAGAUUCUUAAAAUGUCUGAAAAGAAUAGUUGCUGUUAGGAAACACAUAUAAGAUUUUGUAUAAAAUGAGCUGGGCUCAAGAUGAAUGGAAAAAUAAUUUGUCUCAUGUUGCAAUUCAGAAAAUUGAUGCCAUUGAACGCCAGAAUGAUCAGCUCAAGCGUGAGGUACAACAAAAAAAGUUUCUUUUAGAGAAUGCUGAAGUUGCUCUGGAGCAACAAAAAAGUAAAACUGCUCAAGAAAAGUCACAAAAUGCAAUUCUUCGUAAAGAUCUUCAGGUUUUAGAAGAGAGAUGCAGGGAAAGUGAAAUAACCAAAGAAAAAGUUUUGCAUGAUAUGCAGACUAAAGACAAUAGAAUAAAUUGCUUAGAUAGUCAACUGAUAAAAUUUAAGGCAGCACUUGAAGAAGAGUCAUUGAAGUUAGCAAAGUUACAGACUGAGCAUGAGCAAGAAAUUUUGGUACGAAAUAAAGCUCAAGAUCUUUUAAAACAAAAAGAAAAUGACAUUGAGAAGUUGAAGCAAAGAUUAAGCAGCUCUUCUGAAGAUGUUUUCAAACAGACUAAUGUUUUACAGACGACAGCUGUAGAUUCCCUCAUAUCUUUUGAUGAACCAGCUGUACAAACUACUUAUUGUGAAAAAAUUUCUGAACCAUCUUUAUCUGAGUCUCAGAAGAAAGUAGGCAUGCAAAGUUCCGUUUACAAUAUUUUUGGUGAUAUUGACAUAAAUCAAACAAAUAAUGAAUUCAGUUCUAAUGAAUCCGUGAAGAAGCAGUUAGCUGAUUUAGACACAAAGUUCAAAUUGAAACAAGCAGAAAUGACAAAACUUCAACAGCAGUAUACUGACACUUGCUUUUCACUUGAUAAACUAAAAAUGGAGUUCAAUAGCAAUUUAUCCGAAAUGACAAAAGUUAAUGACGAAGUUGUAAAGCUUAGAGCUAAUUGUGAGGAAAAGCAAUUGCAGAAUGCAGAUCUUCAACGUAAUAUAAAAAUGUUGCAACAACAGUACGAGUGUGAGCGACACAACUCAAAGGCUGCUCUCAAAGCUCAAGAAGCACGAAUGAAAGAACAAGAAAAGGAAAUGAGGGAAGAAAUGAGUCGUGAUCAACAGCAUAUAAAGAAUCAAUUUAAUGAAUUACAAAUGCAAAUCUCAGAAAUACAGAAAAAGUGGAAUGAUAGUAGACAUGAAAAUCAAAUUCUUGAGAGGAAUCUUUUUCAAGUGAAUCAAGAUAAAGAGGCAUUAAAACUCAGCAUUGAAGAGCAAAAGCAAGAGUUAUUACUAAUAAAAUCUAAUCAUCUCAAUUCUUUUAAUGAUCUCAAAGCAGAACUGGAAAAAACACACUUGAAAGAAGUGACAACCUUUAAAAAUAAGAUUGAUGAAAAGGCCAGGGAGCUUGCUGCUAUAACUGAAGAUAAUAAAAUGCAAAAAAUAGAACUUUUAAAUGUAAGCAAAAGUCUUCUUGAAGCUAAUAACAGUAAGAAAGAACUAGAAGAAAUUAAAACAGCCAUGGAGAAGCGAGUUUUACAAUUGAGUCAAAUCAUAGAAGAAAAUAAACAAAAUGCUAGAUCACAGUUAUCAGAGUUGGAAAAAGAAAUGUCCAAAAAAUUGGCUGAUAAAAAUGAUCACAAUAUAUCUUUAUCAAAAGCAGUUGAAGAACAUUUGAUUAAAAUUAAGGAACUAUCAAAAGACCUUGAACAAAAAAAAAACUUUGCUGAAGACUUAAAAUGUAAGUGGGAAUCCUCUGAGUUUAAAUUUUCAAAGCUCUAUAAAGAAAAGUGUGAUGUUGAUAAGGAAUUUUCUGUAUUUAAAAGUUGUGCUGAAAAAAAGGAGAAUGAAAUGGCAGUCAUGCUUGAAAGGUUUGUUGUUUCUGAAAAACUUAUGAAGGAGCAAGAAUGCAAACUUAAAGAUAUUACUGAAAAGUUAAAUGUUGAUUUGCUUAAUUCAAAAAAGGAUUAUCAAGAAUUAACAAUGUCUAUUUCAAAAAAAGAUCAGGAGCUCUUGAAUGCUACAGAGAAAUUGGAAGCACAUGAGAAAAUUGUUUUUGAACUUGAGAACAAGUUGAUGGAGCAAAAUUGUACAUUGCAGCUGCUUUUAACUGAAAAAGAUUCGUUUAAAAGUGACUUUGAGAAGAAGCAACUUGAACUUGUACAUGAAAGAGAUUUGCUUAAAGACGACUUUGAAAAGAAGCAAAGUGAAUUUUUUAUAAUGCUGAAACAAAAAGAUAGUGAUUUAAUACAUUUAACAGAAGAACAUGAAUCACAACAAAAAAAACUUGAUAGUGUUGUUAAAUCCUUGGAACAACUUGCAGAUGAAAAAAUUCAUUUAAAGUCUCAAUUGGAUGAAGUACUUGUUGUUCUUUCUGAAAGAAAGGCUGAAGUUGAAGAAAUGAAGUUAAAGACAUUGGAGAUGCAGAAUGAAGAACAAAUUCGAAAUGAGCAUUUAGCAAAAGUGUUAGAGGAAAAAAAUUUUAAAAUUAUUUCCUUAGAAAGUUAUGAACAAGAAUGUCAAUGUGCAUGGGAAAAAGAGCUAAAAGCAAAGUCAGAUCUACUAACUGAAAACCAAAUAACUAUCUCUGACUUGAAUAAAAAAAUAAAUAAAUUAAUGGCUGACCUAGAAGUUGCAAAUCAGAAGUUUAUUACUGAACAAGAGUUAUACAAAGAAACUGAAAUGCAACAAUUAGUACUUAAAGAUAAAUAUGAACAAUCUCAGCAAGCACUGCAAAAUAAGUGUGCAGAAAUAAGUUCUAUUGAGCAAAUUUUCCAAGAUCAGUAUGGUAUUCUCAAGGAGAGUUUGCAACAUAAAACAGAGAGUUGCAAUGACUUGGUUGAACAAAUUCAAGCUAUGCUAGAGACCCUAAAAGUACUAGAAAGUACUAAAAUGCGUCUUGAAAAUACUAUCUCAAGUUUGGAAGAAGAUAAUGAACAACUAAUCAGUGAAAAGUCAGAGUUGUCUUGCAGACUUGAAGAGAAGGAUUCACAAUUAAAAGAAACAAAUCACAAGUAUGAUGCUAUUUUUAAUCAGUUGAACGAUGUCUCUUUUCUGUUGAGUUCUAAAGAACAGGAGCUUGCAUUAUUGCAGCAAGAUUUUAAAAGAUUAGAACAAAAUAGCAUAUCUAAAGAAAAUGAUUUUAAGGUUUGUAUAGAUGAACUGAAAACAAAAAAUGCAGAAAUUGAUUAUGAACUUUCAUCAAUCAGCAAACAAGCUAGUAUUUUAAAAGAGGAAAAUGAAGUUCUUAAUAAAAACUAUUCUAUGAUAUCAAAAGAUUUUGCUGAAACAAGUGUGUUGCACACUUAUGUUUGUAAUGAAAGAAAUCAGCUUGUUGCAGAUGUUAAAUUGUUAAAGGAAGAGAUAACAGAAGCGAUUGGGCUUAUGCAAAGUAAAGAGUCAUCUUUACAACAAUUAAACUCUGACCAAGAAAGACUACGUGAAGAUUUUCAAAUGAAAACAAAGCUAUAUGAAGAUUUGUUAAGUGAACGCAACCAAACAAAAAAAAAUCUUGAAAAUGCUGAAGAUCAACUUCAACAAGUGACGUUGUUAUUUGAUGAAAAAGUAGAAAAUCUAAAAUCCUUAACUAUAGAGUUUGAAGUUAAAGAAAAAAGCAUGCAAGAGUUGCUGAUUAAUAAAGAAAAAACUAUUAUAGAGUUACAGUCUGUAAUUAAUACAUUACAAAAGCAGCUUUCUACUCUUGAAGAAGAAGUUAUGUUAAGGAAAGAAGAAUUGCGAUGUUCUGUUUUAACUACAGUAAAGCUGCAGGCAAACUUGCAAGAAAAUCAAGAGGAGCUGUCAUUAUUGAAAGAAAGUAAAAAAAAUGCAGACGAACAAGCUGAAGAGCUAAUUUCAAAGAUAAAUUAUUUGGAAAGUGACAUAGUUAAAAAAGAUUUAUUGCUGACUCAUGUUGAAAGUCAGAUGAAAAAAAAUCUGGAUAGUUACGAAGAAAAGAUAUUAGAGAAACAAGAUGAACUGUUUUUAGCAGAAGAAAAAACCAAAGAGUGCCUAGAUGCAUUUGAAAAGAUGAAAGCAAAUUUUUUACAAUUGUCAGAAGAUUUUAAUGUAUGCAUGUCUGAAAAAACUGAUGCGGAAAAGCGUUUAACUAUGUUAAUGAACAAAGUUGAGCUGCAAGAAAGCUCUAUUUCAGAGAAAAAUGAAUUUAUCAAGUUAAGUGAACAGCGAGUAGAUGAAUUAAGCUCACAGUUAAAAAAUGUCCUUAUAUCAAAGCAAGAGCAAGCUGAUGAAUUUUCAUUAAAAUAUAACGAAAUUAAAGAAAAAGCUGCUAAUUAUCUUGAAGAGAUUAACCUCAUUCAGAAAGUAAAGUUAGAUUUAGAAAAAGAUUUGAAAGAUUCCAAAAGACUGUUAGAUUUAAAGGAAAUUGAAAAUAAAAAUAUAAAAGGAAGUCUUAAUUGUUUAACAGAUAAGUUGAAGGAGAAAGAUUCUGAGUUCACAAUUCUUUUAGAACAACAUAACCAAACUAAAGUUUUACUUGAUCAAUCAAACUCUCAUGUUGAAUCAUUAAAAAUAACUCUAUGUGAAACAGAGCAAAGUAAUCAAGAUUUAGAGUUGAGCCUCAAAACAUUAAAAGUUGAUAAGAACAAUCUCAUUGAUAGGAUGAACCAAGAAAUUAAUGCAAAGGUAGAAAGUAAUGUUUUGAUACAAAAUGCUCUGGAUUCUUUGAAUGCUUGCUAUGAAGAAUUACAGAAAAAGUUUUCUAAACAAAUCGAUGCAUUUGAAUCAUUAAGCAAACAAUAUGAUGCAAUUUUGUCUGAAAAAGUUCUUAUUGAGCAAUUACUUUUUACUUCUACUGAACAGAAGACUUUUGCAGAAGGCAUGGUUUUGACUUUAGAAACAAAAUGUGCUUCAAUAGAAAGAGAAAAAUUAACAGUUAUUAAAAUGAAUGUUGAUCUUAAAGAGGAAAUUGAUUUGUGUAAAUCAGAAUUGGAAAUUUAUAAAAUGCAGAAAGCAGACUCUGUAAGUUUAUUAUCAAAGCGUGAUGAGCUAGUAAAAAGUCUUUAUGAGGAUAUUAAAAAUCUGCAAAACGAUCUUGAGUCAAAAAUAGAAGAAAUGAUUGAAAUGGAGCAAUCUUUUGCUAAAGAAAAGAGUGAAUAUCAAGAUACGUUAUUGCAACUUGAAAACACCGUCUUUGCUAAAGAGUUUGAAAUUAAAACUCUACAAAGUGAGAAAGAACUUAUGAAAAAUAAGUAUAAUAAAAAUGCAGAAAUGGUUAUUUGCCUAACAGAAGAAAUUAAAAAAAAAGAUGAUGUGCUUGUUAACAUGAAGUUGAAAUCAGAAACGGAAAUGCAAAGUUAUGUUUAUCAGAUAGAAAAACUGAACGAAGAAAUAAAACUAUUAGAGUUAAAGUUACAUGACCAUUCAGCUGAUUUAAAAGUUAAAAGUGAUACAAUUCAAGAUCUUAGAUUCUCACUGUUAGCAAGUCAAGAGAAAAAUGAUGCACUCAAGGAAGAAAAGGAGGCUGAAAUAAAAGAUAAAAUUGCCAUAAUAGAUUCUAAAGACACUGAAAUAGUUGAGAUGCAAAUGACAAUGAACAUUGUGAAGAAUCAGUUAGAACAUGUUACUUUACAAUUUAAUGAGUCGUGUCUGCAAUUUGAUGUGUUAAUUAAACAAAAGGUUGAGCUACAAAGUCAAUAUGAUAUUUUGACUAAUAAUGUCGCUCUUAAAGAUAAAUUAAAUGCUGAACUAAAAAAAAUUGCAGAUGAAGAAAAGACAUUAUUUGAAACUAAAAUGCAACAAACCAUUGAAGCAUUUCAGCUUGAAAAAAAACUGUUGAUUGAGGAACAAUUUAUAAUGAGUAAAACUUUAGAAACAAGCAAAGAAAAGAUAAAUUGUUUACAGAAUGAGAUUUUAAUUUUAAAAGAAAGUUUUUCUCUAACCAACCAAGAGUUAUUUGAAAAAAAUGAAGAAUGCAAAAUUUUAAAUUUAAAAUAUGAGGAAAACUUAAAAACUGAGAAAAUGCAUAAAGAUUCUAUAAACGAAUUAACUUCUAAUAAUUGUACACUUCAAAAUGAAAAACAGAAUUUGAUUGCAGAAGUUGGAAAAUUGCAAAACUUUUGUAAUGAAAAUAAAAAGUUUAUUGAAACAUUAUUUAAUGAAAAAGAAGAUUUGACAUCCCAACUGAACACUCUAACAUGUGAUAGAGAUAGAAUUUUUAUAGAAAGCAACAAUAAGUCAGAAGAAGUUAGUAAGCUGCACUGUCAAUUAAAUGAUGUCACAAACCAACAUUGUGUUUACACUGAAUCACUCAAUCAGUCACUUGAGAAGUACAAGGUUAAAGAAGUUGAGUUUUUAGAGUUUAUAUCAGCUUUAGAAGUUAAAAACAGUAUUUUAAACGCAACAAACACAAAUCUUAAACAAACAUGCGAAGAUCUAAAGUCUUGCCUGCAAAAAACCUUUGUAAGUUUUACAGAUCUCAAUAAUUUACUGAAUGAAAAAGAAAAUGAUAAGGAAACUAUUGAAAAUAGUUUUUGUGAUGUGCAAGAAUUUAUGAAAACACUUUCAGGUAUUCAUAACCAACUUGUUCAUAAGUUUAAAAAAAUGCAAAAGAAAGAAAAAACUGCAUUUCUUGAAAAAGAGAAUUCACAAAAAGUAUUUGAUGAACUUAAUUUUGAAUAUAAGAAACAAUUGGAGCAUCUCGUAUUGCUUCAACAAGAGUUACAGAAUGUUCAAAAGGACUUAGAAGUUGCUACUAUUGAAAAGAAUGAACUAUUUGUAAAAUCAAAAGAAUUAGAAUUGUCAAAAAGUCAAAUUGAGAAUGAAUUGGAAUUAAGUACAGCUAGUUGUCAGCAUUUAUCUAAAAUAGAAGAAAUGUUGGAAAGUAAAACAAGCGAAUUAGAGGACACUAAAGAUAAGCUUAGCAAACAAAAAGUUGCUCAUACAGAAAAAGAAGCAGAAUUUGAUUUAGAAAAACAAUCUUUCAUAAAUACAUUAAGCGCAAUUGAAAAAGAAAAAGUUUGUCUUGAAGAAAACCUGAACAAGAAAGAUCAAUUAUUGAAUGAGUUACAACUUAAACUAAACUGUGCUGAAAAAAACUUAGUUUUUUCAGAAGAACAAUUUCAAGAACAAAAAAAGAGUUGUGAUAAUUUUAUAAGUGAGCAUCGGUUUCUUCAGGAGAGUAUAAAAAACCUACAACUAGUACUUGAUGAGAAAAUUUUAAAUAUCUCAGCAUUAGAAAGUAAAUUAAAAGAUGUUAUUGAAGAAAGAUCUCUAGUAAAUACAAGGUUAGAAGAGUUAAGAGAUUCAUAUGAGAAUGUGAUGUCGUCUAUGCUAAAUUUGCAAAAUGAAUCCUUAAGUCUAAAGAAGGAAAAAGAGCAGCUUUAUGAAAAAAAUAACACCUAUAUAAAUGAUUUGUCGUCUGCUGAAGUUUUAAUAGAACAACUAAAUGAAAAAAUUGAAAAUUUGGCAAAUGAUUACAAAAGUUGCGAAAAAGAAAAGACUAACAUGCAAGAGAUGAACAGUCAAAAAGAGUUUCAAGUUUUACAUUUAAAAGAGGAAUUAUCGUUAAAGGAAAAAAAUUUAGAAGUAGUUAAUCAAUCCCAAAAUGAAUUAAAAGGCGAACUGGAAGAAUGGAAGCACAAAGCAGCAAAAGCUCAAAAUAUAAUAGAGUGUCUUAAUACAGAUUUGUUAAAGUAUGAAAAAAGCAUAGCUCUAAAAGAACUGGAUAUUUUAGAAAAAAGUGAGUUAAUUUCUAGUGAAAAGAAAGAAAAGGAAAAUUUACAGCUUCAGCAGCAGAAAAUAAUGGAAAAGUUGGACUCAGUGAUGAAUGAAAAUUCUGAAAAAACUAUCACAUUAGAAGAACUAAAAAAAUCAUUGCUUGAAAUCCAAUGUAGCAAUCAAAAAUUAUUUGAACAAACUGAAAUAUUGAGCAGCAAAAAUGUUAUAAUUGAAAAGGAGCUUUCAGAAAAUAAACAGCUUUAUGAUAAAUUGUAUGAUGACUUUAACAAGAAAGAAAAAAGCUUAAACGAGUAUCAGCAUGAGAACACAGAGUUAAAAGCACAAUUAACAGUCUCAGCUAAAUAUAUUUCUGAUUUAUCUUUAUCUAUUAAAAUCAACGAAGAGAAAAUUGAUGGUUUGACUAAAGAAAAAGAUGAACUUGUGAUUAGUAAAACUGACUUAAGGGAACAGUUGGAUAAUAUUUUUUCUGAAAUUCAAAAAAAAGAUAGCUUGUAUAUUGAUAUUAAAAAUGAAAAAGAAGUUUUGCAAGGACAAAUUGAAUCAGUAAAAAGAGAGUUGGGUCUUAUAGAAGAAUUAUUGUCAUUUAAAGAUGAAAAAAUUUUAAGUUUAACAAAUCAUUAUGAAGCGAAAAAUAUGAAGUACAAAUCACAGUUAAAAGAAAUAAAUAUCCUAAAAGAAAAUUUGUUAAAUAUCAAAACAAAAUUGGAAACAGAGCUCAAUAGUUUAAAACAAUCUUUUCAAUAUUUGCAAACAGAAAAAGAUGAGCUUACUGAGCAGUUGUCAAUAACAUUUAAAAAUUUAUCUGAAUAUAAAGAAACACACCUAAGUACUUUAAAAGAAAAAGAUGACCUAAAUGCAGAGUUUAAAAAGUUGCAAGAGGAGUUUAAAGAUGCCAAAGAAUCUUUAGAGUACAUCAGUACUGUUAAAGAUGAAUACAAAAAUCAAUUUCAACUUAAAAGUGAAGAGUUUGAUAAGUUAAAAGAAAAGCAUCUUGAAGAAAUAAAAAUACUGAAUGCAACAAUUAUAGCAAUGAAUGUAAAGAAAGAACAGACAAAAGUGCAUCUUGAUACUUUAAUAGAAGAAAAGAUUGUUUUAGAUGAAGAGUUACGAGCCAAAAUAAAUGAAGUUCUUCUUCUUAAAGAAUCUGCGGAGAAAUAUACUCUUGAAAUAGCACGACUAGAAAAUGUUUAUAGUCAUGAACUUGAUAAAAAUGAUUUACUCAAUGCUGAUAUAUCCCACUUGAAAAUUAGUGUAGAUGAAAUUAAGGCAGUGCUUGACAACGAAAGAAAAGCAGCAAUGAAUAUUCAAAUUAAGUUGGAUAAAGCUAAUCAAACAGUUCAAAACCUAGAAAAAGAUCUUGCAACUAUUUCAAAUAAUCUUUUGCUUAAAACCAAAGAAUGUAAUGGAAUCUCUGAAAAGCUUACUUCUGUGUUCUUAGAAUUAAGUUAUGAAAAAGAGAAAAAUAUAUCUAAGCAAUCAAAGUUAGAUCAAAUAAAAAAUACUUUGUUACAAAACAGAGUUAAGCAUAGUGAUGUGGAUUCUGAUGAUUCUAUAGAUUUCAGCUCCCUUAUUCUACAGCUUCAAGAAAAAGUUGCUAUUUUAGAAAGAGAUCAGAAUCGAGCCAUUGAGAAAGCAGUAGAUGAAGAGCGCACACGUAUUGUGGAAGCUUCAAAAAAGUUUGUUCUCGAACGUGAAAAUGAAAAUGAAAAGAGAAACCAAGACCUUUUUGAUGAAAUAGAAGCAAAAAAUAAAAAAAUUGAAAAUCUGCUUAAAAAAGUUAAUCACCUAGAGGAGCAUUGUAAAGAAUACAAAUUCACAAUUGAAAAAGAAAAACAAGCAUAUAUGGAAGUUGUUAGACAGUGUGAAGAUCAUUUGAAAACAAACUCCACAGAAACAAAAGCUAAUAAUUUUAAUGUUGAUGAAUUGCAUGAGUUACAAGAAAGGAUGAAUUUAAUCAAAGAGCAAAAUGAAAAUCUAAAAUCUGAUCUUAUCAAAACUGUGAGCAACUAUGAGAAAGAACAAUCUAAGGAAACUCGUAGAUAUGAAAUUUUAAAAGAAGAAUUUAAUACUUUAAAAGCUUUAUAUAAUGUACAGGAUGCUGAUCUUAAAAAACUCCAUCUUAUAGCUAAAGAGCCAGUUAGUAAUUUAAAGCAAAUAGAUAGUUUGCGAGAAAGUCUAUCUAAGUGCAAGGAGGAGAACACUGAAUUUAUGUUAAAAAAUGAUGAACUUGAAAAAAAAUAUAAAAUAAUGACUAAAGAAAAAGAUAAAGAAAUUUCCUCAUUAAAUAAACAAAUCUCCUUGUCAAUGGAAAAUAAUGAGUGUUUGCAGAAACAAAUAAAAGAACUUUUAUUAAAAAUAGCAGAGUUUGAAAAGCUAUUUAAAGCUAGUAAUUCUUUGAUGAAAGUAAGUUUAGUAUCUCCGAUUACUAAAUCUUUGUCUAGUUUGAAAGUUUUAUCAAGCGAGGAAGAGGAAUGUCUUACUACGAAAUCCAUUCAUACUCCAAAACGAACAACACAAGAUCCUUCAACAGAUACCUCAGCUAAAAGGAGUCGCCUGACUAGUGUAAAAGAAGAAGUUAGUGAGCCAAAACGAAAGGAAUCAUCAACAAGUCAUACACACUCUAGGAGAAGAAAAUCUUUACGAUUAGCUGCUAAACCUUAUGCCAAAGAUUUGAGUUCUUCAGACGAAGAUUUGCUUAAUAAACCAGCAAGCUUAUGUGACAAAGAGAAUAUAGCUGCCACUUCAGCCGUCUCAUAUUUACAAUCGGACUCUGCUUUUGGUCUAGUUUCUGCACCAUUGUCCCCUGUCAGAAAUAAAAAUCAAAACUCGUCAAUUGUUAGAAGUAAAAAAAUUCCGCAAGAAGUUAAGGUUUUACAUAGCCCUGUCACAACUCGUGUGACGCGCUCAAAAAGUGGAAGUUCGUUAAAAGUUGAACCAACGGUUGUCAAUAAUCGAUCUGCAAGUGUUGCAAAUAGUAGCGAUGCUGUAAAUAAAAUAGACGCGCGUAAAAUUCUAAAGACAGAUCUUGGAUCUGACGAUGAAAAAUGUAAUAUGCAAUAGUUUUAAUUUUUGAAUUCGCUAUAGUGUUUCUAAGAAAUUUGAUAUGUAUUUUUUUUAAAUAAGUAUUUUUGUAAUAAGAAUAUAAAAUAAAUGUUUAAGUAUUUACUAUUUAAUGAUAAUAACUUAAAUAUGAACUUAUGAGUUAUUUAUAAAUGGUAAACUUAUAUUUGUUUUCAGUGUGUUAUUUGUUUUUCUCACGAAUUCUUGCGAUUAAAAAAAUAAGUUUUGGAGAGUAGUAAAUAAAGUUAA